CGUCGCUCGUUUUCUCCCUUCGACACCGAUCUCGACUUCAAAUCACGACCUGGACUAUCGAUCUCUCCGAACUGGGCUUAACUGACCUUCAAUUUUCGUCAAAAUGGCCCAACAAGGAGGUGAAGCCCCCGUCACCACCAUCGUUCCCUUCAACAACCAGAAGGUCCUUCCCGCUUGCGCCGCCGCUUGCGGUCCCCUCUACGAUGCCAACGGUGCCUGUGUUCCUCCUCAAGUAGCCGCUGAUGCCGGCCCAACCGCCUACACGCAAUGUUUCUGUCUCGACCAACGAGUCGCCGCUUUCUCGACCGCCACUACGGGCGUCUGCGAUGACGCAUGUACCGCGGAUCCCAAGGGCCUUUCAUCAAUCGCUGGCUGGUUCCGAAGCAUGUGUAGCGUUUCGACUGCUCAAAAUGGAGGAACAACAAAGAAAACUGGAACUGGCUCUACGACUUUGACAGGUGACGAUGCAUCAUCAACAGCUGGUAGCAGAGCUGGAUCUAACAAUGGAGGUGGUGAUUGGAUCUCCAACCAUUGGCAAUGGGUUAUCAUGAUUGUUGUUCUCGUUGUCGGCAUCGCAGCCAUUUGGAUCGGCGCCUGUAUCUGGCGUCGCCGUUAUUUGCGAAAGAAGGAUCGCCAGACUCAUCUCGGCCAGAAGCACUCCGGCUCCGCAUCUCGACCAUCCUGGGGUCCCGGCAUGGAGGCCUCAGAGUCCGGAGGUCUUCCCUACGACGAUGAAUCGAACCGAAACUCGCACGGCCUGAUGCUGCCGGGUGCCGCCGCCGGUGCUCCCGUCGAGGAGAAGCCCAAGGAGAAGAAGCGAUGGAUUGUCCGCGACCGAACAUGAUGCCCGCUCCAUGCUCGAUCUUGUUAACGCCAGUUCUGACCUCAUAACGAUUCUCCUUGCCAUGUCCGAGUUCAAAAGCACUUCGACAUUCUGUUCGCCUUACGAUAUAAACCGUGCAUUUAU